GAUGAGACCGAAAGUCUUACGGGUUUGGAACGACAUGAGGGGAAAAAGUCCUGCUGAGAUCCUAAUACAAAGAUGGCGGUUAUUAAAGAGGAGAGUGAAGAUGUGACGAUUGAAGACACUUUCAGAGUCAAACAUGAAGAUACUGAGGAACAAACAGACCCGAUGCCACUGAAAGAGGAGAGUCGAGAACUGGAUGAAAUGGAAGAGAAAUAUCAGUAUGAGAAACAGCAUGCUUUCAUAACUGAAGAAAAAUCUAAUAGUUGCUCGCAGACUGAAAAGACCUCACGAAAAACAGUUCAGAACACUGAGACCAGAAGUAAAUUCACUUGCCAACAGUGUGGAAGGAGUUUCACUGAAAAGGAAACCUUAAAGUCCACAUGAGAGUUCACACUGGAGAGAGGCCUUACACGUGCCCUCAGUGCGGAAAGAGUUUCUCACGUAAAGGAAGCCUUCAUGCCCACACGAGAACACACCCUGGAGAAAGCCGUUACAUCUGCAAACUAU